GUUACACCGGGUAAUGAUUGGAUGAUUUUCGCGUUUUUCCCAAUCCUCAACACGAACAGUCGUCUUAUAAGUUAUAAUUUACAAUGGACAGAACCAAAAAAUCCGAAAGUACUUCUGAGAGAAGCUCAAAAACGGGAAGUGAUUCAGGAGAAAAAUGCCACUCGACAAUUUCGCGCUCUUACCAAGCAUGCGAAUACCAUGCUUACUGUUCGU